AUGAAUGAUUAAACUCCAAUCAAAGAGAUUGAUCUUAAUAAACAAUCUUUGACUAGUCCAAAAGAUAAAAGUGAUCGUGUAUUUAUUAAUAUUAAUAAUAAAUAUAGUUUAUUCCACGUAAUGUAUAAUCUAAUUUAUAUUAAUUAUUCAUGAGUGAAGAGAAUAUAUAAGGCAAUACUUAUAAUAAUUUACUAUAAUCUUCAAUAUUAGGUAAAUCACCAGCUAUUAAUUAAAAGUUAUUUAAUUAUAAGACAGAAAAUAAAUAAAAUGAAAUAAAUAAGAUUAUUAAUAAUGGAUUAAAUUUUUCUAAAACUCCAACAAAAGUGGAACCGGAAAAACCCCCAAGAAAAAUUAAUAAGAGACCAUAUAAAGUAUUGGAAGCUGAAAAUUUAUAGGAUGAUUUUUACCUUAAUUUAUUAGAUUGGUCCCCAUUUAAUGCAUUAGCAGUAGGAUUAGAAAAUUCAGUAUUAAUAUGGUCAGGACAUACAUCAAAAGUUUCUCGUUUAUGUACACUUGAAGAUUCUGAUAUGGUAUGUAGUGUAGCCUGGUCAUAACAUAAUUAACAUCUCUCUGUUGGAAAUACUAUGGGUGAUGUCGAUAUUUGGGAUGUAGUUAAAUAAAAAGUUAUUAGAAAAUGGAAUGGACAUUAAGGUAGAAUUGGAUCACUUGCAUGGAAUAAUUAUUUAUUAGCGACUGGAAGUAGAGAUAGAAAUAUAUUAGUCAGAGAUGUUAGAUCUCCUAAUCAAUCUAUUUAAAAAUAUGUUGGUCAUAAAUAAGAAAUUUGUGGAUUAAAAUGGUCAUUUGAUGAAUAACUUUUAGCAUCAGGAGGAAAUGAUAAUAAGUUGUUCAUUUGGUCUCUUAAAAAUUAAGGAGAACUUACUCACUUCUCACAUCAUUAAGCAGCUGUUAAAGCUAUUGGAUGGUCUCCUCAUUAACAUAAUAUUGUUGCUUCUGGUGGUGGUACUGCUGAUAGAUGCAUUAGAUUCUUUAAUACACAAACUUUAGAAUAAGUUGAAUGUAUAGAUACAGGCUCUUAGGUUUGUAAUUUAAUGUUCUCUAAAAAUUCUAAUGAAUUAGUUUCAACACAUGGAUAUUCCUUAAACUAAAUUAUUGUUUGGAAUUAUUCUAAUAUGUCUAAGUUAGCUACUCUAACUGGACAUACAUAAAGAGUAUUAUAUUUAAGCGGAUCUCCUUGUGGAUAAAAUAUCGUUACUGGAGCAGGUGAUGAAAGUCUUCGUUUCUGGAGUGUAUUUCCAUCAUCCAACUCCAAAAAUAAUUAUGGAAUCACUAGAGCUGAAACUAUAGAUUUAAGAUGAAUCAAUCCAAC